UUGGCGGUAACGUUACGAAACAUGUUUGAUAACAAGCACGGUAUCGGAAGCCGUGAUGGCAUAGGGAACACCUUCCUGAAGGAUAUUCAUGCACACGGAGUUCAAAAGAUAGCACGAAAAACUCGUAAGUUAGGCCAAGCAGCAGCGGUGACGUCUACUUCCUGCUGCAAAAGUUGAAUUUGUUCCAAGAAAAAUGCCAGAGGGACCUGAGCUCCACCUGGCCAGCCUUUACAUAAACAAAAUGUGCGACGGGGUGGUGUUUGCUGGACCCGUCAGAAAGUCUGAUGUCAGCAAGAGUCCUGAUGUGGCCUUCACCUGCGAGGCGUACCGCAUCAGCGCCGCUUCCAGAGGGAAGGAAGUGAAGGUGACACUGACGCCCAUCAAGAGUGAUGACACAAAGGCCAAAGAGGCACAGCAGCCCAUGGACAUUGUCUUUCGCUUUGGCAUGUCAGGAUUUUUCCGCUUCACCGCUGAGGAUGAUCUUCCCAAACAUGCCCAUCUGUGUUUUUAUUCCAAAGAGAAGCCUGGCAGAGUGCUGAGCUACGUGGAUGCACGCAGGUUUGGCAGCUGGCAGCCAAAUGGGACAUGGCAGCCUGACAGAGGACCGUGUAUCAUGUUUGAGUACAAAGGCUUCAGGGAGAAUGUGGUGUCGCACCUGUCUGAUCGUGCUUUUGACCGGCCCAUCUGCGAAGUACUGCUCAACCAGAAGUACUUCAAUGGUAUUGGGAACUAUCUCAGAGCUGAAAUCCUUUAUAGGUUAAACAUCCCACCCUUUGUGCCUGCCCGGGCUGUGCUUGAAGGACUCGAGUCAGAUGAUGUGUGUGAAGACAAGAAGCCUGUGAAGAAGGGGAUCCAUAACAAAGAGGUGAACAAAGCAGAUUAUCAGAGUAGUGACAUCUAACAGCGUCUCUGUGUUUGUCCUUGCCAGAAAUCUGUGAAGGGAUCUAAAAAGAACAGAGUGGAAGAGGAGACUGCAGACCUGCUCAGGCUGUGCCACACCGUUCCGCUGGAGGUGGUCAACUUAGGUGGGAAAGGCUACGAUCCAGAGAAGAUGGACUACUCUGACUUUCAGGCCUGGUUGCAGUGUUACUAUGUGGAUGGAAUGAAGUCUAUACGUGACCACAACGGCAGGACUAUGUGGUUUAAAGGGGAUCCAGGUCCUAUGGCUCCUAAAGAUUCAAAGUCACCAAAGGCCAAAAAAAGAACAAAUAAAGAUGCAGACCAUGAUUACACCCACAAGAAAAAGGUGUCUAGGAAACAGAACUCUGAAAGCACGGUAAAGAAAGAAGCGGUCAAAAAGCAAACAAAAGCAGCAAAGAAAGAAAGAAACGCACCUCAAGAAAAAGCCAGACCCAGAAGAGCUGUGAAAUCCUCGGAUGCAAACACACCUCAGCACCAAAAGAAAUCAGCUGCACGCAGGAGGACUGAAAACAAUGCAGAGCUAGCAUCAGGCUUUCAGAGACGUAGUGGGAGAUUGACAAGACAGAAUGUCAAGUAAAAACAUUGGGAAAUGCAUUUUUUUAUUCCAUAUUUUUAAAUAAAACCAUUUUUAC